AGCGACUUCCGGAUAAUAAUAUCACAUAACGAAAAUGAACUGGUUUGGCAGUAAACCUAAAACGAAUGUUCCGUCACAGACUAAUCUACAGGCUCACAGAGCAAAACAAAUUGAUUCCUUAAAAAAGAACAACUUAAGCCCAAUAGAAUCUAUACCAAACACAGAAUACAGAGUAACAUGUCAAUGUGGAGGAAACAACAUCAUCCUUAUAAUAUCCCUGCCCCCACAGUUCCCACAGGACCCACCUACAGUGACCAUCACUCCCCCUGUGGUUCAUCCCUGGGUAGACCCAACUCAGAAGAUCGUUGGCUGUCAAAAUCUUAACUCUUUUUCCAUGCACUCCAGUCUUGGCCAUGCAAUACAGUCUGUCGUGGAAGAGUUCAAGAAAAAUCCACCCCAGAUACGAUCACAGCCUUAUGGACCUCAACUUGGAUACCCACCAGUUCCACCUCCAAACGCCCAGUUUUCUGGAUUCAACCCCGGGGGGAUGGCAGCAGGGUAUCCGUCGCCUCCCACCCUACCUCCCUCCAUUCCUGGGGGUAGCAGGGUAUCACCAGUACUAGACAGUAGACGUCAGGCUGAACAAUCAGAAAGCACUGUGACACAAAAUGGAGGCAUCCCCAAUGUAAAAGUCGCCUUUCCAGAGCUGAAGAAAAAAAGCCUGUCUGAGCUCAACUCUAUAUUGCAUGAGGAAGAAAAAGUUCUCGAGAUGAUUCAGAACCUACCAGACGUGGCCAAACUAGCCGAGGACAGGGAAAAGCUUUCAAACGAAUGUAUAGGCUUAGCAAGGGAGAAUUUGUCCAAAAAGCCCACAAUCUUACAGAUGAAGCAAUGGGUGGCUGACAAGAACAGCCUGUUUGAGAGUAUGCGGGAGGAGUUCGAGAGUAACCAGGUACAAUUGAUGUCCGAGUCUGACAAGUUCCAGCCGACGAACAUCCAGACAUGUUUGAAGGUGUCGCUGAUGGAGGCUGAGGAGGAGGCGGAGAACAUAGUAGGAGAAUUGAUGGAUAAGAAAAUCAACAUCGAUGAGUUUAUGCAGAAGUUUAUACAAACAAGGAUGUUGUGUCACACACGGCGUGCCAAAGAGGAGAAGCUACACCAAAUCAUAAUGCAACAAGGCUAUUGAGGAUGAAAAAUGGAUGAAAAAUUUAGAGUCCAGAAAUAUGUAAACAUUGUUUCACUGUGCCUCAUCAUCAUGCAAGAAGGCUACCGAGGAUGAAACGUCUGAACACGUAAACUUGUGUUCAUCGCGCCUCAUCAUCGUGCUGCUGAUCAUGAUUGUGGGAACGGAUAAUGAAUUUCAUCAUUCACUGGCCUAAAUUUUCAUCAUGAUAAGUGAGAAUACGCCAAGCUUUACUGAGGAUAUGCCAUUUCUCUGCUUUCGCCUUUUAUUUUAGAUUAUGGACAAUAAUUAAGUUAUUGAUUAUCAAUUGAUUUGGUAUGGAGUAUUAAUCGACACAGGGAAUUCAGUGUUGAAUGAUGAAGGGGCAGGUCCCCCUUUUAAGAGUAGUAGAUGAGGAAAUCUAGUAGUCACCCAGAAUGUCUUGAAUCAUUGGUAAAUUUGAUUUUAAGCCACAAGCAAAUAUCAGAAAUAAGGUCAUUUUUAUAAAACGAUUAUUCUGGUUACUUGGGUUUGCGGGUGCUUGUGGCAGAUUUGAUAAAAAAAAAUCCGUGAAAAAUAUGACCUUGGUAUAAGGUUGUUUUCAAACAAUAUGUAAUUUCAGAGAGUCCUAAUACCUGUGCUAUGAGGAAGAGUGAUUUAGUAAGUCGAAGACAUGAUUAAACUUACGACCCUUGUUAGACAUUUUUGAAUCACAAUGCUUGCCUGCGGAGUCGUCCAGUCUGUAUGCUGUUGAGUGGAAGAGUGCUUUUCUUGGCUAAACGUACCAGUAGAGGAGUUUGAGUGUUUGUUGCUUCUACGCGUAAGAAGGAGAGUUUGAUUAAUUACUGGUUUACCGCCUACAUGACUCCACCUAUUGCUAACUUUCAUCUCGUCAAAUAGAGUCGGCAUUCUAUCAACAUUUUAAUUAUUUCGUAAGUUUAUCCAAUUGAGAAAAAGAGUCUGUUUUUACUUCACUUCAUUUGCAAGUUGAAAGUUUGUAUUUCCAUGAAUUUUUUUGAUUAUCGGAGCUUCAUUCUAUAUAUUAAAUCUGAAGAAGUAUAUAUGGCUGUGAUUGUAGAGACAAGAUGUCAGAUGAACAUUCAUAAAGUAUCUUGUAGCUGAUUUUAAAUGCUGAUUUUUGUGAUGUGUUCAGUAGCAAUUUUCAUCAAUACAAUGUCAUAUUUUGAGGAAUAUUUGUAGUCAUGGCUUUUUCUCACUGGUUUGGGACGGGGCUUUUUGUUUCUCAUUUUGGGAAGAAAAUUGGUGAAUAGGGAAAGAUUUUGUCAUGAGUAAACUGCAAAUUUUGGGAAUUUGGUUUAAAUAUGAACUAAUUUCUAACUAAUUAACGGCCCUAAAAAGCCCUCAAGAAAACCCCCGGGAGUUCAUAGUGUUUGUAAUUUUCAUUAAUCCGAAUCCGUCACCGAACACUGGGACUAUCCUAUGUAUCUCACAUUCCAAACACUGCAAAUGUAUGAUUGUACUAGACAACAAUUGUUUAACCAAACUUUUAUAUACAUGUAUAUAUAUACUGUCUUGUAUCAACUAGUCAGGUUUGUAAAUGUUGUUUUUUCCUCCAAUAGUUUCAAUAAUUUUCCGUUUUACCAAAGAUUUCAUUAUCAAAAGUAAAAGUAUUUUGCUGUGGAAAUAAUGAAACUAACUGUAAUUUUUUCUGUAAAUUUUAUUUCCAAUGUUUAUAUUUUUAGCUAGGAGUGAAAAAUGAAAACUCUUGAAAUUUCCAACAUUUAUAGUAUAUUUUCAUGUAGACGUUUUCUAGCCACACAAUUCGACUUUAUUUUCAGGAAAGAAGAACAGAAGAUAAAUUAAACAUAAUUUUUCAUCGUUUUUUUUAAGUAACUUCCCUAAGAUGUCCCUUUGUUUUAUUUUCAUCUCGUGUACAAAAAAUCAGAACAAAUGUAUCAUAAUGUUGUACAUAUACCUGUAGCUGGCUUCCUCUGGCCUAACACUAGAAAUCUGUCCGUCAAAAUGUCUAUUGUGUUGUUGUAGGGGCCAGAGGAAACUCGGGCUAAGUAAAGUAAUACAGGAAGAGAGAGAAGCUCAAAGUGUAUUUAUUUAACAUAAGGAAUGGAAACUAGCUAAAGGUUGUAUUACACUUUUUUAACAGAUUAGCAGAUCAUUAUCAUUUGCUAUAUAAAUGGUACGUUAAAAGUGUAAUUAGCAUAAUUUAGCACAAUGCCUAUAGCAUGAAAAGUGCUAAAAUCAGAUAACCACUAAAAUAUGUAUGCUAACAGUAACUUUGCAAGAGAUAAAAAUCACCACAAUCAUCACAAUUAUAAAGGUUACCUCAGUAAAUCGAGUUAGUUUUCAAUUUGGACUUAUGUUGGGGAUCGAAAAUGAAAUCGUUUAAAAAGAUUCAAAAAUAUUCAUUGAUAUGACAAGAGAAUGAAUAAUUUUAUUCCAAAUAUGACCUUGUUAAAAGUCUGGUUAAAUUACACAUACAAAGUCGGGUUAAAUUACACAUACUAUUCAGAUGUUUACCAAACAUUACUAGAAGAUUUCUGGUUUCAUGAAUGGUAAAGGGGUUUCACAAGCUUUCCAACUUACAUAUCUCUGUUGUCCCACUGGGCGAGUAGGACAAUGUGUGUGAACUUUGUUAUUAUUUAUUUUUAAAGGUGUAUUGACACACCUGGAGCUAAUUGUAAUAAGUUGAUGGACAGAAUUGUCUGAAAAUGUAUCAAUAUAUUAAUUAUUGUUAAUUGUUGGUUUUUCUUUAUUUUCAUUUCUGCAAAUGGUGCUUAAUUUCAGAGACGUGUGAUGAAAUGCAAUCAAACCUAAUCAUUAAAUAUAUGCAAGUCAUACAGAUUUUAAAUUAUCACCAAACUAAUUAUGAAAUUUCAGUUGAUUCCCACCGUUGAAUGGUUUUCACCAAAUCAGAACCUAAAAUUAUGCUUUUGAAAAUAUUUUCUUUUAGCUCACCUACCGUAAUAAUGAUAAAAUACGUACCUGUGAUUCAUUCUGUAAUUCACAGAACUUUAUUGCUUUAUUAACUGUCAACCUUGCUACUAAAUUGAUCAUUUGUGUUUUUGACAUUGCUUCUAAUUUAUAUCACUAUUGACUAAACGUGUACAUCUUGUUUCAUGUUUUACUGCGUACUAUUUUUUCAUGUUGUACAAUGUUGGAUAAAUUAUGUUUUUCUAUA